AUGGCUUCCCAAAGAGUACCGAAACUCCCUGUUGUAGAUUUAUCAUUGAGGGAAGACUUGAGGCCUGGUACAAGAACUUGGGAAUCGAUGUGCAAAGAAGUAUGCACUUUAGAAGAGUAUGGCUGCUUUGUGAUCAAAUGCAAUCAAGUUUCUUUAAAUCUUCACAGUGAAAUCUACAGUGUAGUCAAGGAUUUGUUCAAUUUGCCAUUAGAAAUCAAACAGCAAAAACUUGCUCAUCGUGGCAAUUGGCCUAUUGGAAGGGCGUAUUCCUAUGGCCCUAAACAUGAGCGUAUAGACAUUGAAAAUUUAAACAUCUUAAAAGAAGCUCAGAGUUUUACCAAACUCAUUGAAAGUGCUCAUGAGAUGUCAAAGAUAAUGAUGAAUUUAGAUCAAACGGUUGUGAGAAUGGUAUUCCAAAACUAUGAGGCAGAGAAAUACUAUAACUCUCACAUUCAAUCAACAGAUUAUGUUACUGGAUCCGCAAAAUAUAAAGAAUCUGAGACGAAUGAGAACUAUUUGGGUCUUUUUGGCCACACUGAUAAGUGA